GUGAGGUAGCGAGACUUGCUAUUUGAAUUCACUACUGCGAUGCUUCGGAGAAUGGGCAUCCCUUCUGAAGGAGCGGAUCGAAAUAAAUACUGUAAAUAAACCGGACAGCUCAAAUGUAAAGAAAUAGGCGAAAGGGAGCGAAUCUUGCGUUGCAUCAUUAUCUUCGCAUUCGUUUCCUGCAAAAAGACAUGACGGGAGUGUAAUUUAAAUGAAUGGAUUCAAAUUAGGUUUAUAUUUAUACGUAUAUUUUUGUAUUAUCAUUUUGCAUGUGUUUAUUUUUAGGGAAGCGGCUUCAAACGCACCACAACCAAAUAUUUUUAAGGUAACGCGAAAUUAAGGAAGAGCUGCUGGUCUGGGGAACCUUAUGGAUUAGAAGCCUCAAACGUUAAUUGAAGCAACCUUCUCAGAGCGCCUUCCUUUCCCUUGACAGCUGCGAAAGCAAAGGAGAGCUGCUCUCGCCAGCGACAGGCCGAGCACCAGGAGCGAGUCAUCCUCUAUUCGGCCACAUCGAUGUGCCGCCGAGUCAGAGGGGCACAGAUCGGCUCUGAGUGAAGCGGUCGCCCCGGGGUGUACUUGUCUGGGGGGGAGGGGGCGACACAUUUGAAAGGUGGGGUGACAGAAAACCAAACUCUUGCUAUAAAGAAAGAGAAACAAGGAAGCAAGCGGAAUUUAAAGCCUCCAAAAAGACAGGAAGCACGUAUCCAGGAGGGGAGAGCUGCGUGUCAAAGAGGGUUCAGUUCUGGAGUCCCGAGAGCCCUGCAGAGAGACAAGGACUCUUUUGACCAAGGGAUGUGCAUGGCGCGCGCAAGCCUGGUGAAGCCGGGGACAUCCUCCUUCCUCUGGUUGGGCCUCACAGCUGCAGCAACAGCGUUCCUAUGUGUCGAGGCGAAGGCCACGGAAAGUCCGAGCACUUCCGUCCAAAAUGCAACGUGCGGAGGUGUCUUCGAGUGCAAAGAGGGCAUAAUCCUGCCCAUUUGGUACCCAGAGGACCCCUCCCUGGGGGACAAGAUAGCUCGGGUUAUUGUGUACUUUGUGGCCUUGAUCUACAUGUUCUUGGGCGUGUCCAUCAUUGCUGAUCGUUUCAUGGCGGCCAUCGAGGUUAUCACGUCUCAGGAGAGAGAGAUUCUCAUUAAGAGGCCCAACGGAGAGACUACCACCACCACUAUCCGCAUCUGGAAUGAGACAGUCUCCAACCUCACCCUUAUGGCUCUGGGAUCUUCAGCCCCGGAGAUUUUGCUGUCGGUGAUUGAGGUUUGCGGCCAUGGCUUCAAAGCGGGAGAGCUAGGGCCCUCCACCAUUGUAGGGAGUGCGGCCUUCAACAUGUUCAUCAUCAUCGCCAUCUGCGUCUCUGUCAUUCCUGACGGCGAGACACGCAAGAUCAAACACUUGCGAGUCUUCUUUGUGACAGCUGCCUGGAGCAUCUUUGCCUACAUCUGGCUUUAUAUGAUCCUAGCAGUCUUUUCGCCCAACGUAGUACAGAUCUGGGAGGGUCUUCUCACACUGGCCUUCUUCCCUGUCUGCGUGAUACUGGCAUGGGUGGCUGACCGACGCCUGCUCUUCUAUAAAUUAAUGCGCAAGAAGUACCGCUCGGACAAGCACCGGGGUGUCAUCAUUGAAACUGAAGCUGAGCGGCCAAAGGGGAUCGAGAUGGACGGAAAGAUGGUGAACUCCCACUUUGUGGACGGAGGAGCAAGCAAUCUAAUUGGCCUGAUGGAUGGGAAAGAAGUGGAUGAGUCUCGGCGAGAUAUGAUCCGCAUCCUCAAAGACCUGAAGCAGAAGCACCCCGACAAGGAGCUGGAUCAGCUGGUGGAGAUGGCCAACUACUACGCCCUCUCCCAUCAGCAGAAGAGCAGAGCUUUCUACCGCAUCCAGGCCACCCGCAUGAUGACUGGAGCUGGCAACAUCCUGAAGAAACAUGCAGCUGAGCAGGCCAAGAAGAGUGCCAGUGUGCAGGAGGUACGCAUCGAGGAAACUGAGGAGUUUGUCUCCAAAAUCUACUUUGACCCAUGUGCCUAUCAGUGUCUGGAGAACUGUGGGGCAGUCAUAUUGACCAUUGUGCGUAAGGGUGGGGACAUCACCAAGACUUUGUAUGUGGAUUACAAGACGGAAGAUGGCUCUGCCAAUGCUGGGGCUGACUACGAGUUCACUGAGGGGACAGCGGUUUUCAAGGCCGGCGAGACACAGAAGGAGAUCAGCGUUGGCAUCAUCGAUGAUGACAUCUUUGAGGAAGAUGAACACUUCUUCGUGCGGCUCAGCAACGUGCGGGUCCUGGAGACCGAAGAGCUUCUCUCUGCCAACAGCCUUCCCUACCCCAAGGCCAUCCUGGGCCUGCCAGCGGUUGCCACCGUAACCAUCCUGGAUGACGACCAUGCCGGCAUCUUCACCUUUGAAACUGAGGUUAUACAUGUGAGCGAGAGUGUGGGAGUGAUGGAGGUGAAGGUGCUAAGGACCUCAGGGGCCCGCGGCACCGUCAUAGUGCCUUAUCGCACGGUGGAGGGCCUGGCCAAGGGGGCAGGCGAGGAUUUUGAAGACGCGUAUGGAGAACUGGAAUUCAGAAACGACGAGACCUGCAAAACAAUUCAGGUGAAAAUUAUUGACGACGAGGAGUAUGAGAAAAACAAGAACUUCUAUCUGGAGCUGGCCGAGCCCCGAAUGGUGGACAUGAGUUUGCAAAAAGCUCUCCUCCUGACACAAGAGGCAGCUGACAGAAAGCUUAGUGUGGAAGAGGAAGAAGCGAAGAGGAUUGCGGAGAUGGGAAAGCCAGUUCUAGGGGAGCACCACAAGUUAGAGGUCAUCAUUGAGGAGUCGUACGAGUUCAAGAGCACAGUGGACAAACUGAUUAAGAAGACAAAUCUGGCACUGGUAGUGGGCACUCACUCCUGGAGGGACCAGUUCAUGGAGGCCAUCACAGUCAGUGCAGGCGAUGAGGAUGAGGAAGACUCUGGAGAGGAGCGCCUUCCCUCCUGCUUCGACUACGUCAUGCACUUCCUGACGGUGUUCUGGAAGGUCCUGUUCGCUUGCGUACCGCCCACCGAGUAUUGGAAUGGCUGGGCCUGCUUCGUUGUGUCCAUCAUCAUCAUCGGGCUGCUGACCGCCGUCAUCGGAGACCUGGCCUCGCACUUUGGCUGCACCAUUGGGCUCAAGGACUCCGUCACGGCUGUAGUCUUUGUGGCUCUCGGCACGUCUGUUCCCGAUACCUUCGCCAGCAAGGUGGCCGCCGUGCAGGACACGUACGCCGACGCCUCCAUCGGCAACGUGACGGGCAGCAACGCGGUCAACGUGUUCCUGGGCAUCGGGCUGGCCUGGUCGGUGGCGGCCAUCUACUGGUACACGCAGGGGAAGGAGUUUGAGGUGCAGGCGGGCUCCCUGGCCUUCUCCGUCACGCUCUUCACCAUCUUCGCCUUCCUGUGCAUCACCGUGCUGCUGUACCGCCGCAGGCCACACAUAGGGGGCGAGCUGGGGGGGCCACGCAACCACAGACUGGCCACCUCCGGAUUCUUUGUCAGCCUCUGGCUCCUGUACAUCCUCUUCUCGGGGCUGGAGGCCUACUGUCAUAUACAGGGCUUUUAAAAGAAGGGCAGCUUUUCGGGAGGAGGCGAGGGAGAGGGGGCGCUAGACCUCUCUUCAGCCCCCCUCACUUGGACACCCUGAAUUCUAGCACAGCCCGCUCUUUGAAAGCACGGUGAGAUACGUAGCAGAUCGCAGGUCGUCACCAUCCAGAGGGGAUCAGAGAAGAAUAUAAGGCGUCCCCACUCCAUCCCUGGAGUUUGGAGGGAUGGGGGAGGGGAAGGGGGGAGACCACUUGCAUAACAGUAGUAGUUGUAAGUCAAAGAAAGGAAAUGGUAAAAAUAAAUAAAUCAAUUUAAAAAAAAAACGGGUUUCAGGUGAAGAAUAAAGUCCUAACACAGGCGUCUGUGAAACCAGAAGUCUAUUUUUCUUCAACAGCUGACAAGAGGUGUUUUUUCUAAUGAAGUAUUUUAAAAAAAAGACAAAAAAAAA